CAUUAGCUACAAAAGGAGAGCACUGGCAGGCGGACCACAUGGAACAUAAACCUGAACCCAAUUCUGAAACUCUCCUGCCCCCUUUCGUCUCUCCCCGUCCCACUUCUCCUUUGGGUCCGGCUUCUCUCCCAAAUCAUUCAAGUUCCGGUGGCUACCACAAGCUGCCUAUAUCCACCUCACGUCCCAGUGAUCGUCGGUGGCAACGGGGAUCGUUACAGGGAGGAGCACAGCCAGCGUAGGAGAGGAUCUAGGAAGGUGUGAAGGCAGGGGAGGAGCUGAGCUCACGGGGAUCAGAACCAGGGGAGGCAUAGAGCUGGUGGAGGACGAAUCAGCAACAGCGGCCAUCGGCGGCAGGCAGAGCCUUAGGCUCAUCGGGAACAAGUGAUUCUUUCACAAGUCUUUCGACCUAAAACCUAGACUAACCAAGAAUAUUGACAACUACUUGAUGGACUUAACCCCAAGAGUCGAGCCAAAGUGCCAGGUUGAAAACCCAGCAGUACUAGUAGACUAGCCAUGCGACGAGUGACACGUAUUCCAUGCAUGAGUUUUCUAACUUUUUUGUAAUGAAAUACAGUAAUAUUUUUCAACUUCAUCUGGAGACCAUUGCGGUCAAUGGUCAACAACUUGACAUUGAGCCCUCGGUCUUUAGACCAUCGAGAAGACACCUGACAAUUGCAGAUUCUGGAACUUCAUUGGCUUUUCUCGCAGAUGGAGCAUAUGAUCCAUUCAUCAAUGCGAUUGCUGCUGCAGUAACUAGAUCUGCACGCCAAGUGGUAAAAAAUUCAGAUCGAUGCUUCAUUACAUCUACCAGUGUUGAUUUGUCAUUUCCAUCAAUAACACUGCACUUUGCGGGUGGUGCCGUAAUGAAUUUGAAGCCGAAAAAUUAUCUCUAUUCUGAGGACCAAGAAACUCAUUGCAUUGCAUGGAAAAGGAACUACGGUUCACAAGUAACGAUACUUGGAGAUAUUGUAUUGAUGGAUAAAAUAAUUGUGCAUGACAUGGAGAACAUGGUCUUUGGUUGGAUGGAUUUCAAUUGUUCUCAAUCGGUUAAUGUUACCAGCUCGAUUAGGAAGAAACAUGUAAAUUCUGGGCAUGUGUCGUGCAACAUGUCGGCAAUUACUGGAUUUUCUAUCAUCCUUGCACAUAUCCUCAUAUUGUGCCAUUUCUACCGCUAG